AUGAAGCUCAUCCUCCCUGUCUUUGCCAGUCUCAUGCUGCAGUACCAAGUGAACACAGAGUUUCUUGUCUUGAAAAAAUGUUCAAUGGGCUUUGGGAGAUGCAGAAACCAGUGCGCUGCAGAUGAAAAAGAGGUACAGAAAUGCAAGAAGAAAAAAUGUUGUCUUGACCCCAAAGUGGUCCAGUUUAUAAAAAGCUACCUGAAAAAUCAAAUACCCCACGUACUUGGCGACGACGUCCCAGAAAUGCUGAAAAUUGACAGAGAUUUUGCCAAGAUACAAACACGAUACGUUUUUCCUCUUCCCACGAGAAAUAGCAGCCUCCCUUCUGCCAGUACCAAAUCUGUCAUCACCCCAAAGGCCACCCCCGUGAAUCCAGAACCUGUCACAUCUACUGCUGUUUCUAGCAAGAGUGACACCAAAGGCAGCGUGGCAUCUGCCACUGCCUCCCCACCCCCAGCACCGCCACCACCGUGA